GAAACGAAAAUGUCUUUCAAACCUUAAAUUUUAAGUAGCCGUGAUAGAUUAUUUAAUAAAAACGUUAUAAAUGACUGAAAUUAUUCUUAAGUAGCGUCAGAAUGCUGCUUAAAAUAAUAUUUUGACGGUAGGAAAUUUUGGUGUAUUUUCGUUCUUGCGAUCUCGAAAACUAACCCGUUUUCUCACCACCUGUCUAAGGGGAACUUGUUCCAAACUUGGACUUUUAGCGCUUUUUUGUAUAUCUUUGAAACGACUCGAACGAAUUUUUUUUCAAAUCUCUAUACAUAAUCUUCAUAAAUGAAUUAAACUUAGAGGCGUUAUAUUUAGCGCCCGCGUUAAUUCAGUUCCUAAGUCAAGGGAAAAACUAUUAACGGUUAUUUCUAGGAGGGGCCUAAUUAAGUCACAGUAUUCAAAAUAAGUGAACCAACAUGCAGCUUACAUUUCUUAAUUUCAUUGUCAUUAAUACAAGCGCUUUUGACAACAUUAAUUUAUUAAGCAAUUCCAGUGACAUAUACCUUCACCCUAUAUAGUAAGCUAAAGCCCCGUGCAAACAGACGCAACAUUGUUGGGAGUAGUUUUGUUCUUUUGCACGUAGCUGAAAGUUUGAUCGGUUUCAAACUUUGCGCAACAACUCCCAACAACAUGCAACAACAAGCAACAGGGUGUGAAAACGGACACAACGUGUAACAUCUGUUGUGAAGUAUUUAAGAAUUUUCUCAUCUUUAAAGUUUAUUUUUCGUUUCAUUAAGUGGGUCAAAGUUAAGGUAGAUUUUUUCUUCGUAGGUGUUUUCCUAUUUUGAUCUUCUAGUACAGCUCGCAGAUUUACUUAAAGUCAUUUUAGGAAUAUUGUUCGCUGCUAUUGAUGGUUUUAACAGUGACGCCAUCAGAUUGCAAAGUCAAAAAAGCGAGGUUUUACGAAUUCUUAUUUACACUAGGUUGAAGAUAAAUAGAAAAUAAAUCUUAGUGGAAGUUUCCACUACCGAAGCAUGUUUCAUUUCGAACUUCCGAGUUUUCACAGUGCGUGACACCAAAAAGGAACGCUGUUUCAUUGAAAAAGGUCAUUCCUCUUGAUUUUCAGCAGUUUAACCAUUUCAAGUGUUAAAAGAUGUGUUUUUGUGCACGUAUGCUAGCUCUCGAGUGAAAAGGAAGAGCUUUUUAUAGAAAACGUGUACUCCAGAUCUUUUUAUUGAUUUCCGGAGGGCAUAUUAGUGGACAGUUUCUGUCCACCAAUAAGGCGUCUCCAUACAAAGCUAUACCGAAGGCAAGAGAAAUGUUUUGGCAAAUAACUUAGAAACUGUUGACCACAAAGACCUGAGAUUUGGAUAAAUUGUUAGUCUUUUACAACAUUUCAUUUUCUUGGCUUCUUCAACAGGAAGGUUUCCAGUUUACUUUUUGUGCCUUGUUUAUUGCGUGACAAUGAAAACGAAGAAUUGUCAGAAUAUUGCUACUUUAUCAUAGGUGGCCGUUUUUGUCACGUCAGCGCUGACAAUUGGUUCAUUAGUCUCGUUGAAGUCCCUGUUUUGGCUUGUUAACCAGCGUUUUAGUUUUUCAUCGGUUUGUAGCUUUUUACUGAUCACAACUAUGUAGGUUCAGAAAUACCAAAACAUUACCCACAUCGAGUUCACCUUGUUUUUUAUUCCCACCGUCAGCUAACUCAAGCAUGUCCAGCUUAGGUCAGCUAUUUGACUUACUUUAGAGCAAGGAUUGAGUAGAGAAGAAGAGUAAGAAGACUAAAAUUGUGAGCAGACGUCAAAGAAGAUAAUAAAAGAUGUUAAUCAGAUUCCUACUACCUCAUCGUGUAGCGAGCGAGUUGAUUGAACACCCUCCCCUCUACCCCCCCCCCCCCACACACACACACACACACAUCCAACAUUGUUGGCCAAGAACGGCCAACAAUGUUGUGUCGGUUAAUUGCACGGGGCUUAAGUGCUAGGCAGUACUGUAGUUAAUACGGUAUUGAAGGGAGUCACUUGCAAAGUACACUAUAUUGUCGAGACUAAGACGAAAUAAUUAAGGAAUUGUGCAUUAUCAAAUGCGCUCUCAUCGUCACAUAUCUCAUUUUUCAGUAUGUCAACACAACUGGAGCUCGAGUGUGUUUAAAGGAGUUGUACAAGUCAAAGUACGACCCUCUCUCUGUAUCAUAUACUGUCUUGUCAGGUAAGAACGGUUUAAUGGCAUUCCUUUUUUAGCAACACAUGGGUUUUACUGAUUACUCACAACUAAUUCAUUAUGAAUGCAGAGAUAACUUAUAUGCGAGAGUCAUUUCAUUAAUAGAGGAAGGCGAUCAUUUUAAAUAUUAGCUCCCUGGAAGUCGUUCAAUGUUUUUGCUACUGAUUAUUCCAUUUAAUCAGUAGAUACUGCUCUGAAUUUGGCGUCGUCAGUUUUAUUUUCCUCUUUUCCUCCUGCUAAGCGUAUCGGCCGCACAAGCAGUUGGAAUGAUGUUUGUGAAGCUGCCUCGUCCCCAGUUGUUCGCGUUGCUUGCCUGCAUUUCUCGCACUUCUCGAUUGUUCUGUUCUCCCUUCUAAGCCUUGGGAAAGCCUGUGGAAAAGGCACUCUUUAAGGGACCAAAUGUGUGGAGAUUUUUAAACUGCAGAGUCGUUUUAUAUCUUUAUCACAGAUAUUUGCCAGCCAAGAUGGAGUUUUUUUGGUGGCUACUGUUACUUCACAAGUCGUGCAUGCGCCUCGUGGCUGACCGCUGAAUCAAACUGUUCUACGAUGAGUUCCAAUUUGGUAACGGUUCACGAUCAGGAAGAAAAUGUCUACAUUCAACACCGUCACAACGGAGAGAGAUCUUGGAUUGGACUCAAUGACCGAAGUGUGGAGGGCUCCUUUGUGUGGACAAACAAAGAAAUAAGCAAAUUUAGGUUCUGGGCCCCACAGCAACCGAACGAUUGGAAAAACGAAGACUGUGUUCAAACUCUUGGAGCCAAGCAUGGUUACACUUGGAAUGAUGUGCCAUGUACUAACUGUUACAACUACACUUGUUUUAAAGGUACUAAGCGUAGCAAGGUUUAUAACUAUCUACUAUUAAUGAUCUUCAUGUUCCAGAUAGUGAAUCUCAGUAGACAUGUAACUACGUUAAAAAGGUGAUAACACAAUUAAAGCAUAUCCUAUUACACGGAAAACAAGUUACCGGUAGGCAGAUUGCAUGGAAAGCAAGAGAGGGUAACACCAAUCAGACUAGACUCAAGUAAAGGUAGUUUCGGUAUUAGAAACAUAAGGAUUACACCUUACAUUUGCAUUAAAAAAUAUCCAUUGACCGAAAAAUAGCCGCAAAAGCCUGAAAUCGGUAUAAUCAAAAGAAGAACGGGAAAAGUCGCGCCAACCUUCACUUAAUUUUCAACUAUGUUGUUUAGACACCUUUUUCAAAUGGUUAAUGAGCAUAAGUUCAGGGAAAGCUCCCAUACGACCCUUUUUUUAAAGUCCCUUUUUUUGGCCUUUAACUAGUGUACGCUAUUACCGUCAACUAAACUACAUUAUCAUUCAUUCAAAAUAUUUCCCCGAUUCUGAUUGGCUAAAAGCACACGUUUAAUUCACCAUAACCAGUUACUGAUGACCAAAUUUGGAAGAAUUUCGUGUUUAGCGAGGAAAUGACGUCAAAAAUGCAGCGUUCUUGCAAGUUAAUGCACCGUUAACCGAGAAGACCUGGGAACGAGGUUGAGUUGUUUUGGUUGUGAACUUGAAAAAUAGCGGACGUUUCACUCGUUUCAAGAGUAAGAACUAGGCCAAAAAAUAGCUAAAAACAUGGCAAGAACAGCAAGAAGAGAAGUCGAAGGGCGACAUCUGCUGUUUGGAGAAUAUUUGCGGAACUGAACAGCCCUAAAAGUGCACUAUCGAAGAUGAACUUAACAUCGAUGGAUCGAUGGAGGUAAGCAUGUUUUAGCCUUGUUUUUAAACUAGCAAUUAUUUUGAAUGAAUAGUAAAGCAAUUCAGUAUUGAAUUCGGCUUUCGCAUAAUAUGAAGAAUUAUCGAGAUCUCGGAGGCUUUUAUCCGCCUCGGCCUACGGCCUCGACGGAGAACACCCCCCUUGAUCUCCAUAAUUCUUCGUAAGAUACUCAGUCUCAUUCAUUAAUUGUUAAAUAUAUUCUUUUUAAACAAACUUCACUAACUGAAAAAGUCAUGUUGUUUGACAAGAAGCCUCUGCGUGCUUAUUUUUUUCAGACUUGGAUGAAUGUACCACUGGUUCCCAUUCCUGUGACGUCAACUCCGUAUGCCAGAAUACCGUGGGUUCAUACGCAUGCUCGUGUAAUGCUGGGUACACUGGAGAUGGAAAAACCUGCAAUGGUAUUUAAGACAAACUGUUGAUCUUUCAUGUGCGACCAUCCUUCCAAAGUGACCCAUAAGCCGAGAUGGAUCUACACAUAUCGUAACUUUGAAAUUACGCACAAUAAAUUAUUUUUUCAAACGCACCACCUGUAGUUCGAUUCUUGUAAGCAACACCCUCUAGUCAUGAAGCAGCUCUCCUAACUCUAAACGUCAAUUGUUCGGCGAUACUCUAAACGUGAAAAAAUGGGAAAUAAUGAUAAGCAAUGAUGUGUUAUUGUUUUCUGCAACCAGUGAGAAACACCUUACGAGCAUCUCCUACAUUAGCCCCCUCUAAUCUGGAGGUUCCACUUGGACUGUGAUACUAUAGUCAAAGAAGACAACGAAACAGAUUGAAGGCGUAAUGCUUUUUUGCAAAAUAUCGACACUGCCAUGGCGUUUUGGUAAAAAGCCUAAGACCAUAUUUGUUAAAGUAACAAACAAAAGCAAAAACAAAAAUGAGUACAUCAUCUUAAUAUAUAGAUUUAGCCAGGGCUAAAAGCGAAGCUCCCAUUAAUAAAUUUAUAAUUUAAAUCAAACAAUAAACUUGUAAUCCACAAAUCAGUCAACUUUAAGGGAAAGCUAAGGCUAAGUGAUUUUAGAGUGAAAAAAAAAAUGUUACAUCGAAUUGAUAGCCGUAUAUAUACACCCAAAAAAUAGCAAUCAUCUUCGAUCACAUUUUAGAGCGGUAAUGGCUCUUGAUCACAGUAGAUUAGGCCUGGAAAACGAAUUUUUGGAAAACAAAUCAGGCUGAAUUUUUGGCGUUCGACAAGUUUACUUAACAAAAACUUGCCAACAACUCUGGGAGCGUGUAAACCAACAUUUCAUACUUUUUAUACAUCACAUCUAAAGAUAUGAGGCGUUGUUAUCAUAUAGACCUCAGAAAAAAUGCAGUAUUUGACAAUUUUUCAAGACAAAUUGCACUCAUUCAAUAUUCAGAACCGUACGAAGCACUCGUGGGCUUUUGGCAAAACCGUUCAAAAAAUUUCCAAAAUCAUUUAUACGGCCAGCCGGUUCUCACUUUUGACAAGAGCCAAAUUUUCAGUGAACAUUAAACGAGUUACGCUUCAACAUAAUAAAGAAUUUAUUGUGUUUAUUUUUUUUAUUAAAUGGUUUUAAAACGAUGUGCAAUCUUAAAAAGCGUUUGAUACGAGCAGCAUUUUGAGUACUCCUGCAAGCGUUGUUUAUGAACGACUGAAAACAAACUGCAAAGCGAUUAAAACUGUAAGAGACUACUAACAAUCAAUAAAAGAAAUGUAAUUCGGUGAAACAUUUACAGAGACAACAAUUUUCAUUCACGAAGACAAGUAUUAAAGCGUCUCUAAAAACUGAGUCUUUAAGCUUAAGCUUAAAGCUUUUAGCCGGCUUCCUGGUGUUUACUGUUUUCAAAGAUGAACUCGAGGCAAGAAAACCGCUCAAAGCUUUCUUUCUACAGCCAAAAUUAUAACUAAAUACUCUUCGGAAAGUUUUUUCGUUCUAUAUGCGGAGAGAAAAUAUCGACUAAAGGCUUUUUAAAGUUCUGUAAGCUUAUAUAUACUAGAUCAGAUCAUUGUCUCAGAUCUUAACACAAACGUGCAUAAAUUAGCCUCCUAAACUGCGCUCGACUUCAUGAAAUUAGAUAUAAAAAAACAAACGUACACUGUAUACAAUAAUUACUUAGGCUUACCAUUCGAGAUGCAGCUCUUGAAAGCUAUAAAGUAAGAACAGAAUCGCUUGAGGGACUUUUCAACCCGCAUCCAGCAAGGUAAAAACGAAAGCGAUGCAUCCGAAAUCGGAUUUCCAACUUUGGCAACCGGCGCAUUUCCCGACCAAAGAUUCAAUAAACAAACCAGCCAUGAAUCAAAGAAGACUGUUGAUAGCAGCUGUAUUUCAUUUUAAGCAUCCAGUGGAAAAAGACUGUAAAAAACAUCACAAGUUGACAAAAUACUCUGUCAGCUUCAGCUGUCAAACUGAAAGUAAACAAGGUUCAAGAUGCUGUAUAAAUUUUCUGCAUGAACUCACCUGUCAAAUUUUGACCAAUCAGAGCAUAAAAAUUGGACGGUCGUAGAGCGUGAUCAACGCGUGUCUAUGGUGAGAAAAGUGAAAAGCCUCUGUCUUCCCUGCUUGUAUUUUUAAAUGACUGGCUGAAUUUUCGAGUCCGAGAUCAGUUUGAAAUCAAAAUGUUAAUAGCGCGGGGCCAUAGUGACAUUAACGCAACACUUUCUGUCAUCAUGUCAUUAUUUUGCUGCCGUUCUCUUUGCCGUUGUAUUUCUCUUUCGCGUUGCCUUUGUCUGUUCAUUCUAGCUCUGUCUCGUUCUACUUGCCGGCGUUUUUCACUAUAAUUUUCUCUCCUUCUUCUCGCUCUGACUCUUUCUACUUGCUUUCUUUUUUUCAAAACCAGUUGCGCGAUAUAAUUGCGCGACGUUGCGCCAUGCGAUUUCCCGCCAAAAAAAUCUCUACUUUCCCCUACCCCAAGAGUCCAUGCGGACUACUUUCCACUACCCGGAAAGUCCGUACGGACGGACGUACGCUACGUCAUAACCAAAUUUUCUGGGAUGGAUAGUUUACCAAAUUUUCUUACCCAUGGUGCUCCGCUGCGCGCGCGCGAAGCGCGCGCGGGAGCUCCGCUAUAAUUAUAGCAGCAAUUCAACCAGAUGUACACUAUUAUUCUCUCUAUAUAUCUGUUAUUCUAACCCUUUAUGUAACUUACAAUUCUGAUGCAGAUAUCGACGAGUGUUCUACCAACUCUCACAGUUGUGACGUUAAUGCGAUUUGUAGCAAUACUGUUGGAUCGUACGCAUGCGCCUGUAAAGCAGGAUUCACAGGCGAUGGAAAAACAUGCUCUGGUAAGCGGUUGCCGUGUUGUAAAAAACGCUUCUAAGACGAUAAAUGUGCCUGUAUGUUCUACUGAUUCGAUCUUUACAUUUAAACAAGUAGAAAACGAUGGACAUAACCUAAUAAAAAUGUUUCUAAAUAAUAAGAAAAUAACAAGAAAUACGUAUCUCGCAUACUCUCCCUGGCUCAAGUCGAUCUUGCACUUAACAUUAUGUCAAAGCGCGUCAUUGUAGCAAUGCACGAAAAAUAACAAAAGAUAACGAAAAUAAAAAUUAAAAUAAUCCUCCUCAACCAGGUUAUAGGGUUACAACAGUUCUUGUCUUCUGACGUGAACAGUCAGGUAUGAUAAUAAAGGGCAUGUUACAGAGGUCAGACCCUUUGAAAGAAAUAAAAGGUGCUUAAAAAUCGACUAUUUGGUCUGUCGACAUAACGGAAAGGGGUCUUGUCAAAAGAAUUGGUGUUACCUAUUAGCUGGUCUUCCAAGAUUCCUGGAGUAAAUAUAUUGGAUAAUCAUCGCUGUUGUAACCCUAUAACCUGGUUACGGAGGAUUGUUUUUAUUUUUAUUUUUGAUACCUUUUGUUAUUUUUUGGUUGUUUUUCGUGCAUUGCUACGUGACACGCGUGUCAAUUAUUUCGGAUAUCACUAAGUGUGGCGUACAACUGCAGAUCGAGGUCAUAAGACGAAACUAUAGCUUUUUUUGUAAAAAUCCCCUGGAUAAAUGUGUGUUGAAAGUGGAUCUUCAUUAGACGUUUCUUUUCUCUGUUGACAUUUCGAAUCCCGUUGAAGUCCGGAGUUUAUUACUUUUUUCUUUUUUUUUCAGAUUAAUUUGCAAUUUCUUAAACUGCAAUUACAGCUAAUUACCACUGCGACGAUCAUAUCUUCAUUUAAAAAUAAAUCACUUAUGUUUCUCUGAAUGUCAUUCAGACAGAUAUUCUUAUAUUUAUAGCUCUUUCGUGUUCUUAGAUAUCGACGAGUGCUCUACAAAUUCUCACAGCUGUGACGUCAAUGCGGUGUGUAGCAAUACUGUGGGAUCAUACGCAUGCGCCUGUAAAACAGGAUACACAGGCGAUGGAAGGGCGUGCAAUGGUACGAUUUUUUGUUUCGUUUUGUUUUAUUUUCCUUGAGGUGGUGGAAACAAAUUAACAAUAUCAUGAUUUAUGAUGCAACAAUUUUUUAGAGCCGUAGGCGAGGUUGCAUAAAGCCUCCACACAAAUAUUAAUACAGAACAGGAGCCCAGCCCCUGUACAGAACUAUUACUGUUUCUUCAUAGACCUUUUGGUCGACUGACUGUUAUUCUUCCCUAUAGAAAGGACUCAUUUACUAGUAGAAAUGAGUAAUUUAAUAUAAAUUUGUUAUUCAAUAUUUUCAAUUUUCCCAACUCAAACCCGUUAUUCUAUCACUGAGUUCUAUGCAAAAAUUAAAAGAAGCAAAGCCUGCCUAAACUUCGUCGUCAAGUACGAAAGUGUCUCAAGGUUUUUUCUACUUUUUAAAUCCACUAUCCUCCACCUGUUUAUAUGUUGCAUCAAUUGCUUGACUUGGUUUCCAAUAAGCAUCUAAUAGUUUUCUUUAGGAAUAAUAACUGAAUAUUUUUAAUGUUCUUGCACUAUAUAACCUCAGUUGCAUCCGGCCCACUCACUCGUCUAAACCAUUCGUAUAGUCCGUCUGCAAAUUAGUUCUCAUGAGCUCGUUCUAAUAUCCUGUAGGGUCACAAGGACGUAUGUGAGCGUUUCUGAUAGGCGGGUUUCUUACGGGCUUCUUAAUUAAGCGCCUUACGAUCUCUAUACAAAGGGUUAGAGCGUCUGCGGCGGAGGCAAGCAUUGUAAGGCGCUCUUAAAAAGACACACGAUGCAUCUAAAUAUAUAGUAGAAUCAAAUCUUACAUGCAGCCUUGAAAACGUCAAAAAUGUUUGAAACAUCAGCACUCUGAAUCUCCAUUCGUAGAUGUCGAUGAAUGCACCGGCGGUUUACACAGCUGCCAUAAGUUCGCUUCAUGUACAAACACUAUUGGAUCCUACCGCUGUUCAUGUCACCAGUAUUACAAUGGAGACGGUAAAAACUGCCAGCACUCUGUGAGCGGUGAGUAUAGUUUUCAUUGGUCUGGAUUAGUUAAAACAGGUAGAAAACAUUCAGUGGAAGAGGAGUACUUGAAGUGUUUU